AUGUCCAUUAACAUAACUGCGGCAUUCAAUGCCGUUUCCACAGGCGUGACAAACAGGAAAUUAACGGGAGGUCUUACGAUCAGUAUGUUGCCGGACUUUGACGACUGUGAUAUGGACGCCGGACAGAUCUUCCUGCUCAACAGUCCUGGCUCCUCCACUUCCGGUUACUUCUCCACUGACGACGAGGCUUUUCCGUCCACCGCCGAUAACAAAUUGCAGGAAGAGAUGGAUGUGGACCUUACCCCCCUUGACUGUGUGGAGGGCGACUGGCACGAGACUCUACAGAAACGACUGAGUGAUAAUUUCUGUAUCCGGACUCCCCUUAGACGAAGCGGGUCGCUGGAUAUCCGGAAAAAACUCUUCCAGUCGCAGAGCAAGAUCCCCUUUCCUUGCAUCGCAAAACCAAAACGAGGCUGCGCGCUGAAACGACCGCUAAACUACAGCCCGGAGCCAAAGACUGAACGAUCGUCCUCCGUCUUGAGAGCAGAGAGUAGGAUAAAGGAGGCUGUUGAGACGCUCACCUCGUCCGAGAUGAUCGCAGACGGAAGCAAAGGUUACGCCUUAUCCACAAUACCAGGGAAACAUAAAGACUUAAAAAGUAUUUCAUCCCAAACUCUGUCAAACUUGUUGUCUGGCCACUACGACAACGACGUUGAUGAGUACGCCAUUGUUGAUUGUCGAUAUCCAUACGAGUACAUCGGAGGUCAUAUUCAAAGUGCUGUUAACUUGUUUACAUUUGAUGACGUCAGUGCACUUCUGGAGAAAGCCAAUCAGAAGCGAUGUGACAAACGUCGAAUCAUCAUCUUCCACUGCGAGUUUUCCUCCCACAGAGCGCCUCGCAUAAUGCGACAUCUCCGUAGUCUGGAUCGAGCUCGGAACAGUGACCGCUAUCCUCAGCUUUUCUUUCCAGAAAUAUAUCUCUUGGAAGGGGGCUACAAUGUCUUUUAUGAAGAAGCAGAGGAAUUAUGUGAGCCCCGGAUGUAUACCCCCAUGCUGCACAAAGAUCAUUCGUCAGAUUUACGUCACUUCCGCCAGAAAGCGAAAUCGUGGACUGCUGGUGAAAAGAAAAAGACCCUGAUGAGAUCUUUACGUUAUUGAAAUGAACUCUUCUACCACUUAUCAUGACGUCAUUGAGAUUGUGCUAGCAAAAAACCCCCAAAAAAAUCCCCAAAACAACCCGGCAACAUGUUAAAGUCAAAUUUGUAUCCCUUUUGGAUAAACAUAUUGGUUACUUAAUCACGACAGAUUGAUCUGUCAUGCAAAACAACGGUGUCUGACUAUUGUAUCUUUAAAAUGUUAUAUUCUACACCUGGUAUAAUAACUUUUGUUGCAUGUUUAUAUAUGUAAUAAUAUUAAUAUUAUACGACUUAGCCACAGUUAAAGAUGCAAUCACCGUAACAUUACCCCAAGUUAAAUUAUUCUAAAUGAACAUAUUACCCCAAGUUAAAUUAUUCUAAAUGAACAUAGUUUAUUAUUUAAUUGGGGAGACAGAUAUUUCUGUCGAUGAUCAUAGUGCAUAUAAGUUAUUAAAAGCUAGUGCUUGCUGUACAUAUGUGUAGAUAUACAUGUAAAUAAGCAGGGACGUAUUUAUUCUGCCAUGUACAGUACUGUGUUUUAUAUAUAAUGUACAGGAACCGGUGUACAGUCUGGUCGUGUUGGUUGAACGGUAUUUUAUAUUUAAUUUUAAGAAUGCGUGGGAAAGAAGUCGAACAUCAAGUGAAAAUACAUUCUGUAUGUGUAUGUCGUGCUGGUUUGGUGCAACUAAAUGUCAUCUGAGCGGUAGAAGUAAAAUCAAAGUGUGAAUAUAUUUUUACUCGUGAUUAGUUGCAUCAGGCCUCUGAGAAUUGAAAAUAUGUGUGACCCAUUUAUCGGUUACGCAGAAAUAAAUCCAGGUAACCCAUUUAUCGGUUACGCAGAAAUAAAUCCAGAUAACCCAUUUCCUUUUUGCUGAACCCGUUAUAAAGUAAAUGGUGCUCCAAAUUUCGCGUGAACAAAAGAUGGGUUAUGCAACCUUAGAUUCGCGAGAACGAAAAUAUCGUUCGCGCAAUUUUCAGAGGCCUAUGCAUGGACUUGGAAAACAAAAAUGUGUCACGGUUAAAAGACAUUUGGGAAAGUCUUGUGGCGAAGGUUGAAUGUUUUAUUACGGGAAUGGACUUCAUGGUUACGUGUAUAUUAGGUUUAGCGUUUAGCAUUGUUUUUCAAAAACUAUAUAACCGCUUUAAUACAAACAAUAACGCUUACGGUGAAGGUUGAGUGAUAAACAUGCUCGGAUAGACAUUGGUGAUGGAGAUUUUGUUGGAAGUUAAUUGUUCAUCUCUGUAUCCCAGUAAGCAGUUCCUGCAAUAAUGAUAAGUAUGAACUCGUAUAAUUAAUAUACAUGUAUACGUAUUUUUACAGUAUGCUGACUCAAUAAAAUGUGACUUUUUCCGUCAAUUAAACAGGCCGAUACGGAAGUAUUUCUAUAUGAAUACUUCCAGUGUAAGUUGAUGAAAUAAUGACACGUGUGAACUAAUCUAAUAAAGAUAUCUAUUUUUUUUUUACAGUAUGCUAACUCGAUAAAAUGUGACAUUUUUCGUCAUUUAAACAGGCCGAUACGGAAGUAUUUCUACAUAGAUACUUCUAGUGUAAGUUGAUGAUGGGAUAUCUGUAUGGAAGACAUUAAACUGCCAAGCAUUAUAUGCUGUCCAUGAGUUUACAAAAUGGUGAAAACCAAACCAGUGACACACCGUUUCCUAUCGGUAUAUAGAUGGGGUUUUUUUUAUUGACGAGAGGAUGAUACGCAUGAACUGAUUUUAAAAGAUUUUAAAACUUUAUUUUAAUGACUGAGUGUUCAACACAAAUUCCAGGCCAGUAAUUAUACGUGAAAAUAAAAUUGUUUCAUACUUGUAAUAGUUAUUACCUAUUGGUUUGUAUAUAGUGUACAUGAGUACC